UCCUUCUUGGCCCGGCGUGCUCAGGGAGAACGGCUCCGGGCAGCCUCCCCAAGCAAGACGAACAAAGCCAGGAUGCCCUCCGUCGACAUCGUCCUGCCCACAUCGCCCGCGACCAUCCCGGCGCCACCGGUCCACUGGUCGACGUCGCCCGAGCAGUCUGUGGCGACGCCGGCCGACGCGGUUCAAGAGGACGAAGACGGCCCGCCGCCCAUUACAUCAACCGAAGCGGUGGUGUUCAGGGGCAUGCGCUUCCGGGGCCACGCCGUGCCCGUCGUGUCUGACGAGGACGUUGCUGCGUUCAUGAACGACACGAGCGUUGCAAUAGGCGUGAGUCCCUGCGCUUUUAGAUUAGCGGACGGCGGCGAAGGUAGUGAUGAUAAUGGAGACGUGGGCACGGGCCAGAAGCUCCUGGAUCUGUUGAGAAGGUGGGACGUCGAGAACGUGGCUCUUUGCGUAACUCGAGACGACUCGCAGUCACUCGUGAGUAGUGAUGUGUUGGGCGCGAAGCGCUUCAAGCUGAGUCUGGACUGCGCGAAGAUCGUCCUAGAGGCCUGCUACGACGACGCGGCACCCGUGUUAAGAAGUAGAGAGGUCGACGGCGGCACUGGUCAAUAUUUCGACGUUGUGAACAGGUCGGGCAUCCCGCCGUCUCGAGACAAGCCGAGGCGAGCAACGCCGUCGAUAUUCACGACGCCGCGGAAGACCUCAAUCGUAAAGGAUGAAAGGGAACCGCCUCCACAACUAGACAUGACGCGGCGCAACGAGAUCCGGGCGCUGCGCGAGCCCCACGGGGAUGUCGAAUUGGUUUUCAGAUGCGCUUGUGCUCUUGUGGACGGCCCGCGCUGGCUCAAACCAAAAGCCGCGCCGAAGACGGGCGGCCCCGCGUCUGGAUGGGUCGAGACCUGGGUCGACGUGCGGCUGGCCCUCGGCGAGCACGACGUCCAAUCGAGGUUGGACGCCGUCGACGACGUUGAUCACGAAGCGCAGGACGCUGUCCGAGACGCUCUUGUGAAAGCGGGCCUCGGGCCGCGCGCGACGGAUCGGCUGAGGGCGCGCAACGAGGUGGCUUCGGAAUUUUUACCUUGGCUCUGGGAUAGGAUAGCGGAAGACCCGCGGGGCACGUACCAAAGCCUCGCGGCGGCGACGUCUCCCGGUAGGCGCGGUUCCUCGGAGCUCCUUGUAGGCAGAACGUUGGCCGUGCCGCCGGACGCGCGGCAGUGGACGCGUGUCGGUGGCAGGACGCAGCUCGCGAUGGAUACCGUGGAUCGGACGAGCGAGUUUCUCUGUUAA